CUCAAGACCCGACCAAUUGUAUAACAAUUGACUCUGGCCUAUCCGAGGGCGUCUAAAGUGUUCUCCGAUUUAAAGAAGGGAGCAAGAUGGCGACGACAGCGAUGCGGCGUUUCGAGAUGAGCUUUUCCUCGCAAAAUCAGCAAGUGCCGGACUGGACCAGCAAAGAAGUCAGCACCGGGACCACCAUUAUGGCGGUGGAGUAUGACGGCGGCGUGGUCAUCGGCGCUGACUCCCGUACCACCACUGGAGCGUACAUCGCCAACAGAGUGACUGACAAACUGACUCCCAUCCACGAUCGCAUCUUCUGCUGCAGAUCCGGAUCGGCCGCCGAUACUCAGGCCAUCGCCGACGUGGUCGCCUAUCAGCUGGGUUUCCACAGCAUCGAGCUCGACGAGCCCCCGCUGGUGGAGACUGCCGCCAAUCUGUUCCGAGCCAGCUGUUACCGCUACAGAGAGGAGCUGACCGCCGGGAUCCUUGUGGCCGGCUGGGACCGGAGGAAGGGCGGACAGGUGUACUGCGUUCCGAUCGGCGGGAUGCUGGUGAGGCAGCCGGUGUCCGUCGGCGGUAGCGGCAGCUCCUACCUUUACGGCUUCAUGGACUCCAACUACAAGGUCGGGCUGAGCAAAGAGCAAUGUUUGGAGCUGACCGCCGCAGCGUUGUCGCUGGCCAUGGAGCGAGACGGCUCCAGCGGGGGCGUGAUCAGGAUGGCCACCAUUUCCGAGGAGGGCGUGGAAAGACGCGUCAUCCUGGGAAACCAGCUGCCCAAGUUCUCCACGCACUGAUAGUGCGCACCUUUUACUUUGUCAAUAAAAAGUUUGUCAGAACGGGAA